UGGCAGAUAAUGCUAAAAUAUCCAACAAUUUAUAUUGUUAUAAAUGCUAGUGACAAUUUGGAAUAUCCCAUAAGCUAAACAUUGAGUAUGAACAAAACAAGAAGUGUAAACUAAGAGCAAACUACAUAAAAUGUCUACUGAAGACAUUGUGCAGGUGAUGGAGGUUUCGCCAGAUGUAUUUGAAGAAUCUGAUGCAGAGAAAACUGAGGAGUCCUCAGAGGAUGUAAAGGAUGCAUUAGAAAAAAGUAUACACACAGUGGAGAUUGUUGAGGAGAUAGAAGGUGAGGAUGAAGAGGAUGAAUCCAUGAAUCCAGAAGUUAAUACUUCUGAGUCUCAAGAGUCUGUGGAUUCAGAAAACUCCUCAACAAAAACAUCGAGAGAACUUAAAUCAAUACUGGAACUAUCAAAAGAAGCCAACCUAGACACUAAUAUUGUUCAUAAAAGGAAGGCUAUUGAUAUGAAGUCUGAUAGUGAUGGGAGAGAAUCUCCUAAAAGAAUUGUGGUAAUGAAAAAGAUUUCAUAUGAUGAUUGUGAAACAACACCCAAUGAAGAGGAAAAUUCCUUCAAAGCCAUAGUGAAGAGGAAAAGAGAUAGUACUACAGAGAAGGUUGCAGGUGGCGCUAGUGAUGAAAAAAGAUACAAGAAGGAAAUAAUGCCAGAUUUAAGUCUUAUUGAGAGAAACAAAGAUGCUUUUUGUUGGCGUUGUCAUAAAAGUGGCGUAAAUAUAUCUUGUGAAGAAUGUCCUAGAUCUUUUCAUACAAAAUGUGUAAAAAUUACACAACCAAAUAGUUUUAAAUGCUCAGAGUGUUUAAAUAGUAAAAAGACAUCAUCCAUAUCACUUUCAAACCUAGGAACUUUAUUAAAGUAUGCACAUAAGAGAAUGUUGCAGAUAGUUGAAUCUGAGCCUUUUUUAUACCCUGUAAAUGAAGAAGAAUUUCCAGAAUAUAAACGCUAUAUUGUUAAAGCAAUGGAUUUGACGCAACUUGGAAAGAAUUUGCUUAAUAACAUAUAUCUGAAUACAAAUGCAUUUGAAGCAGACACAAAAUGGAUUUUACAUAACAGUAUAAUAUUUAAUUCAUUUCUAUGUUCAGAUCAGUCAAAACUGACAACAACUGCCAAGACAAUUGUAAAGAUCUGCAAGCAAGAAAUGUCUGAAAUAGAAAAUUGUGCAAAUUGCUAUAGAAAUGCCAACACAAAGGAAGAUUGGUUUGUGGAAGUGUGCCCAAAGCCUCAUAUGUUAUUAUGGGCAAAAUUAAAAGGAUUUCCAUUUUGGCCUGCAAAAGCUAUGACUGUAAAUACUACAGGGAUGGUGGAUGUGCGAUUUUUUGGAGCGCAUGAUAGAGCGUGGGUGUCGUACAAAGAAUGUUAUUUGUACUCUGAAAAAAAUCCCAACUUAAAUCAAAUGAAGAAAAAUGAUAUUAAGGAAUGUAUUAAGGAAGUAAAUAUUUAUAUAGAUAAUUUUAAGAAGACAUUUGGUAAUUUUAAAUAUGCAGACUAUAAAAGUCCUUAUAAUCCUAUAAUACAUAAUUGGGAAGUAUAUAUAACAAAAAAUGUAUUGCUAAAAGAUGAAAAGAAGACUAUUUUGAAAUCUGAUAAUCGAACAUCUACUCCAUUAAGCCACGUUAAAUCACCUGCAAACUUAAGUAAUGCUUCUAAAUCAACAGAUGAUAUUGAGAAAAUUAGUGAUACUGAUGAAGAUAGUCAUGAUACUGAAUUCAUUGAUCCAUCAGUGGGACAUGUCACAGGUGACAGUCAUUUCUUUGAUGAAUGUGAUUUUGAUACAGAAGAAAUGUCAAACGAAUCAAGUAAAUCUAAAAAACAAACUGUGGCUGAUAAAGAUAAUGCAAACGAUACAAGUAAAGUAAGUUUUUCAAACUUAUCUGACAUUAUUGAUAAUUCUAAGAGUUCAAAAACUUAUAGUAAAAAAGAUUCAAAAUUGAAAAUAUCUUCAAAAUUAUUUUUGAACUUAAGUAAAAAAGAAGGAACCAACAAAGAUAGUAAAACAAAUCAUAGUGAAAAAACAAAAGAAGUCACUGACUCUUUGGAAAAUUCAGAAAAAUGGUUAGAAAAAACAAAAUCUGAAUUACCCUUGCCGCCGUUAGUACCUAUUGGAAAGAAGAAACUUGACUUUGAGGAAAAAGAAAUAGUUGAUGUGUUAUAUCCAGAACCUACAUGUUCAGAUUUGAAGAAUAAGAUUUCUAAUGAAAGUAGUGUCCCAUUGCAGAAAGAAAUCAAUAGAGAAAAUGAGGCUGAAUUGAACCAUAUUAAUGAAAAGAACAUUGAUAAAGUUGUGUUAGAUAAAAGUGAAGAAAACCAUUGUGUUGAUACUGUGAAAAAAUCUUCCACCAAAGCUAUUGUCGAGACUACUGCUAAACCAUCCAACUCGGCUGCGGAAAAGAAGACUGAAACAACAAAUAACUCGGAAACAUCUGCAGAAAAUAGAAAAAGAAAGUUAAGUACAGAUGAUAAUACGACAUCUAAAAAGACUUUGCGAGUGGUAAAUGUGGAGGAAUUGGUUGACAAUCAAUACACGUCACUUCAAUCACUUUUAGAAAAACAAUUAGUAGCAAAAACUACAGACCUUAAAGAAGUUAAGGAACCUAGCGAAUUAUGCAUGGUAGAAAUUAAAACUGAACCAUCUGAAAACGAUGACGAUAGCGAAUAUAUGACCGCCAAGCGACGAUUGCUUUCUGCUUUGAAUAUUUCGGAAAAAUUACCUGAAAGUCAAACUCCAUCCAAAUCAGAAAUUAGAACCCGUUCAAAAACUGAUGAAAAAGUAGCUAAAUUAAGAGAAAAUCAAAUAAGGAAAGAUGAACCCGAAGUAAAGAAAACUGAAAAGAAAGUUCAAAAAGCAACAAUAAAACAAAGAGCAAGAAAAACAUUUCCAAGUCCACGGCAGCCAGUUCAUAUAAAGCAGGCAAAAAAACCUAUAGCUAUUGCAAAGUCGACUACGAAUAUGACAACAGCUCCUAGCUGCACUAUGCCAUUACAACAAACGACUGUUUCGAAUCCUACUACCUCAACUGCUGUUAUAACAACACCGUCUGUUGUUCCCCAAACAAAUCCUGGCACAACAAAUAUGAUGAUUUUACCACAGCAAUUGGUAUUACCAUCAAAUCAAGCUAUGCAAUAUUCCGCAGCAAGUCCAUUAAUAACGAUGGUACCCCAUACUGGAACAUCAUAUGCUAACAUAAUUCUUCCACAAAAUCAGAAUCUAAUACCCAGUUACAAUUUCGCAUCAUUCAACGUUAUACCUACUAUAAAUGAUCAAUCACAACAACAACACCAACAAAUCACAACCCAUAAUGAUACGUUAACAACAGCCACGACAACGAUAUUGGCAAAUCCAAUUAUCGAUUCGAUCAAUGGAAUACCAGAUUCUUCGAGAAAUAUAAAUGAUGUUUUCCAUAAAUUGCCACCUAGGUUAAAACCUAGGCCGCCUGGUCCAUUAAGCCAACAUUUUGAAGAGAGUAUACCAAGCUCUGCUGGUCCUGUUACUGCAAAAAUUAAUUCUAUAUCGCAUAAGCUAAGUGAAUACUUCAGAGGAAUGCUUAUUGAGACUUUAAGUGAUGUUAGUAAAGUAGACAAUCCCGAAGCUUCGAUUGCCAGUCUGAAAUUGGAAAUAGAAACGUUAAAACAUAAACAUAGCGAAGCUCUAUUAGAAGUUAAAAAGAAUUCCCAUACGGUAAUCCAAGAUAUGCAAAGGAGUUUGCAAGAAGAGCGAGAGAAAAUUAUUCAAGAAACCAAGUCGUCCUGCGAACACGAAGCGUUACGAAGGGUGGAAGAAGCUAAAUUAAAGCAAUGGUGUGCCAUGUGUCUAAAGGAAGCUCAAUUUUAUUGUUGUUGGAAUACUAGCUACUGUGAUUAUCCAUGUCAAAGUAAGCAUUGGUCAACGCAUAUGUCCAAAUGUACUCAAAGUAAUAGUACUCAAGGACAAACAAGCUUACCUAAUAUUACAACGCAACCCCUUAUUUUACGACCUACUGCGCCUCCAAAAGGAAUGUCUGGGAAAGUAAAAACAACUAAACUGCUUGUAAACAAGCAAACAACAAAUAAAAUGCCACUAAAUAUUGUAAAGUCAACACCAAAUGCAAUAACGUUAGUCGAAUCAGGAAAAUAUGAAAUAUCAGUGGACAAUACGAAAUUGUUGAAUUGUCCGUCAUUUUUAAAUACUGUACAGUCUGGAAUGACAACUAAUCAACAUGCUUCACCAAAGGUGAUGCUACAAAAUAAGAGUCCAUCAAUAAAUAAGAAUGGAAGUGCUGGUGUAACAGAAACAAAUGAUAACUAAUAUCGUUUAGAGACAUUUUAUUAUUAAUAUUUGAAAUAUUGAUUGACAACAUUUUCUUUAUAAUAUAUUUC